AUGGCGAAAGACGAAGAGAAAGACAUCAAAAGAGGAAAAUCUAAGGAAAGAAAGAGCAAAAAUAAGAAUCCCAAGAAGGACAAAUUAGUCCCAAAGGGCCAGGCUAAAGUUGUUGAAUGCUCGCUGCGAAAACUUGUCAAGGAGGAGAAGGCAGGUCAAUACACUGAGGACGACGCCAAACGUAUCUAUGACUCUGUCAAAGUGAAGAAGUCCGGAUUUCCAGCCUACACGGCUUCAAUGUACUCCAACAUGGUGGAGUUUGCCCCCAAGAAGAGAGGAAAGAAAAUCCCACCUGUUGGCUAUGGGCAAAUUAAACAAAUUGUUAAAAUUCCAAAUGAUGCUAAUUCCUUCCUUCUUCAUGUGCCCAAAACCCGAAAAACUAAACAGUUCUCAGGUCUCUUUACUUGGACUGAUCCUGAGGGCGGAAAAAUACUAGAAAACGCCUUGAAAAAAUACCAAGAGACUUUAGCGAAUGAUGGAAACGGAUCUCAAGAUAUAACACCUAAAAAGGAUUAUCCGUUGGAACAAAGAGGGGCCACACAUGAAGCUGAUGAAGGCCUCUUUGAUAGAAGGCUCCGUUCAGAGGCACGCAUUUCUUCUACGCCAGCGCAUAGAGCUAAUGGACUCUCAGAAACGGACAUUGUCGAUGCUGGGCCCAUUAAAGAAACUUAUACCCUCUACAAUCCGAAAAGGUGGAUUAAUCGAAGACCGAAUUAUAAUGCUAGAGCACGCAGUGAAUCGGCCUAUUCGACCUCUUCCUCCUAUGAUGAAAAUUAUUUAUAUCAAGGUUUCGAUGAUGACGAUAGCACUGAAGAUGAUGAAGCAGACUCUGAAUACAUCUGCCGAGAUCCGAAGUCCAUAUUCUACGGCGAAAGAAUGUCACCGAAGUCCCAGUACGUUGAUAAACUCUUACGAGCCGCUGCACAGACGAAUAAAUAUGAAUGA